GGGAGGAGGCAACGUUGCUGUCGGACUCAAGCCAGCCUCCAAAAUGGGCAGGUCUACCGGGGUCCGAGGUGUGCGGGCGGCGCAGACGAGGUCAGCGACACACCGGAGCUGGGACCGGCAACACGAUGGACGGCGAGGGCAGGAGAGUGGUGGUCUGCGACAACGGCACGGGGUUUGUCAAGUGUGGCUUUGCGGGCUCCAACUUCCCAGACCAUAUCUUUCCCGCCAUGGUGGGUCGUCCAGUCAUUCGAUCCACCACCAAAGUAGGCAACAUCGAGAUCAAGGACUUAAUGGUGGGUGAUGAAGCCAGCGAGUGCCGCUCAUUGCUAGAAGUGGCGUACCCCAUGGAGAAUGGGAUGGUACGCUCCUGGGACGACAUGCUCCACCUGUGGGACCACACCUUUGGACCCGAGAGGCUGGACAUUGAGCCGUCCAAGUGCAAGAUCCUGCUGACGGAACCUCCCAUGAACCCGACGAAGAACCGCGAGAAGAUCGCCGAGGUCAUGUUCGAGAAGUACCAGUUCCACGGCAUCUAUGUGGCCAUCCAGGCCGUGCUCACGCUGUAUGCGCAGGGUCUGCUGACAGGGGUGGUAGUGGAUUCCGGUGACGGCGUCACUCACAUCUGCCCGGUGUACGAGGGCUUCUCCUUGCCGCAUCUGACGCGCAGGCUGGACAUCGCUGGGCGUGACAUCACUCGUUACCUCAUCAAGCUGCUGCUGCUGCGUGGCUACGCCUUCAACCACUCGGCUGACUUUGAGACAGUGCGCAUGCUGAAGGAGAAGUUGUGCUAUGUGGGAUACAACAUCGAACAAGAGCAGCGUCUUGCCACAGAAACCACUUACCUGGUGGAGUCCUACACGCUCCCAGAUGGCCGACAGGUGAUGGUCGGAGGCGAAAGGUUUGGUGCCCCUGAAGCACUCUUCCAGCCUCACCUGAUCAAUGUGGAGGGGGCGGGCGUGGCCGAACUCCUCUUCAACACCAUCCAGGCGGCCGACAUCGACCUCAGGACUGACUUCUAUAAACACAUCGUCCUGUCCGGGGGAAGCACCAUGUACCCGGGCCUCCCGUCCAGACUGGAGCGAGAGGUCAAGCAGCUCUACUUGGAGAGGGUUCUGGAAGGAGACACGCACAAGUUGGCUAAGUUCAAGAUUCGCAUCGAGGACCCCCCGCGCCGCAAACACAUGGUGUUCCUGGGUGGUGCCGUGCUCGCCAACAUCAUGAAGGACAAGGAAUCCUUCUGGCUGACUCGAUCCGAAUACCAGGAGAGCGGCCUCGGCGUGCUGCAGAAACUGCGAGGCGGCGUCAGAUGACAAUGCUGUAAACAAUGUGAAUUUCAAAUAAAAGAUGAC